AUGUCCUCGCCUGGUGUACUCAUGUUGAAACGUCAUCUGUUUUUCGCGAUAUUCAGUUUAUUUGUAUAUACUGUUUUUGCUGCUUCACUGCUAGAAAGUCUCUAUGGACAGGGAGGAAAAGAAAAGAAAGAAGGACUGAUAAGGAUAAGGAAGGAAAGAGGUUACGAUCGAUAUAUCCUUCAUUUCUACUACGAUCAUGGACAGAAACGCGGAAAGACAAGCUGCUCACUCAAAAGAAAACAAACCCUACGGCAACUCAAGCAAGGAAAUCCUGUACUGUUUGAGACAUGCACGCAAAGUGAUUUGGAGUACGGCAUUGAAUGUGAAGUAGGAAGUAUAAAGUAUCAGCCUCGAUGUGCCGAGUGGCAAAGUACCUGCACUCAAAAAUGGCAAGGAACAGUCAUGUACGAUGAUUGUCAAUACAUAGCGACAUAG